AUGGUCACUGAAACUACCAACAGCUCGCAACAGAUUGUUGAUCAUGAGAACACUCGACGAACACCCCCGACGAAUGGCAACAUGAGACAUGGCUUCGGUGAAGACUAUAAUUCCGAAAACUUUUUGAGCACCCUUGCCAACACAUUUUAUAUAUACUUCGAUGAUAAACGACAUAGUACUACUGGGAAUCCGCUAACUCGAGAGAUGAAGAAUAGUCCCAAGCACUACAAAAACUUUCAGCCUAUAUACGACUGGAAGAUAAUGAAAGAGAGACAAAAGACCAUAAGUGCAGUGUUGGUAUUAUGUCUCAAUUUGGGUGUUGACCCACCCGAUGUUAUGAAAACGUACCCCUGUGCCAAAUUAGAAGCAUGGUGUGAUGCAACCACUUUCACGGAUACUAAAAAGGCAAUUGAAAACAUUGGUAAAAACUUGCAAUCACAGUAUGAGACCCUUUCACUACGGACGAGGUAUAAACAGUCUUUAGACCCAUGUGUGGAGGAUGUCAAACGAUUUUGUAACACCUUGAGAAGAAACGCUAAGGAUGAAAGAAUUCUUUUCCACUAUAAUGGACACGGAGUUCCCCAACCGACUACAAGCGGAGAAAUAUGGGUGUUCAAUCGUGGCUAUACGCAAUAUAUUCCUAUCUCGCUUUACGAUUUGCAAACAUGGCUUGGUGCUCCUGUCAUUUUUGUGUAUGACUGCAACAGUGCUGGUAACAUUGUUCAUAAUUUCAAAAAAUUUGUGCAAAAGCGAAUAGACGAUGACAAUGAAGGUAACCACGAUGUUAGCGCACCUUCGCCUACUUCAGCUUACCUAGACUGUAUCCAGUUGGCUGCAUGCAAAAGCAAUGAGCUUUUGCCCAUGAGUCCCGAUCUACCUGCUGACUUGUUUACGUGCUGUCUUACUUGUCCGAUUGAUAUCAGUAUAAAGUGGUUUAUAAUGCAAAGCUCACUCAAGAAAAACUAUUACGACUCCCUACCUAAAAAUCAAAUAGGAAAUGUUAUAGUACCGGGGAAAUUGACUGAUCGAAGAACUCCAUUGGGAGAACUUAACUGGAUUUUCACAGCAAUAACAGACACGAUAGCAUGGACGUCUCUUUCUAGACCGAUAUUCAAACGUCUCUUUCGACAAGAUUUAAUGGUAGCUGCGUUGUUUCGAAAUUUUUUGCUAGCAAAGAGGAUCAUGCCCCACUUAAACUGCAACCCGAUAAGUGAUCCUCCAUUGCCAGACUCGGUAAAGUACCAUCCAAUGUGGGAUUCGUGGGAUUUGGCAAUUGACCAAGUCCUUUCACAAUUAUUAAAAACGUCUAAGGAGGAGUCUUUGAACCAAAACCUCAACCUCAACCAUACGCCACUGUCAAUAGCUAAUGGCCUGGCACUAACUAACGGCAGCAGCUCACUCACUAUUUCUCAUGCAAAUGGUUCAUCGUCGACGGUGCCCACAAUGCAAACUUUGGGAAAUUACCAACAUUCCUCCUUUUUUGAACAGCAAUUGACUGCGUUCGAGAUAUGGUUGAAAUACGCAGGUCCCUCCACCAAGGAGCCUCCUGAACAGUUACCAAUAGUCUUGCAGGUGUUGUUAUCCCAAGUCCACCGCUUAAGGGCUUUAAUCUUGCUUUCAAAGUUUUUAGAUUUGGGACCCUGGGGAGUUUAUUUGUCGUUAUCCAUUGGAAUUUUUCCCUAUGUGUUGAAGCUUUUACAAAGUCCCGCCCAGGAGUUGAAACCAGUGUUGAUUUUUAUAUGGGCAAGGAUUAUGGCUAUUGAUUAUAAGGGCACCCAACAAGAGUUGUGCAAAGAUAAAGGCUACAACUAUUUUUACCUGAUUUUGAAUUCCUCGCUACAAAACCAAGCUGGUGGUCAUGGAGGGGCUGGCUCCAGUGGAUCUGGUGGAAUGUUGAUUAACGACGAUCAUAAAGCAAUGAGUGCGUUCAUCUUGACCCUCUUUAUAAAAGACUUCAAGAAUGGGCAGAGACUAUGCUUCUCGAGUGAAGUUGUCACCAACUGUAUAAAGUUCAUUCAAACGAGCGAGAAUCCAUUAUUGAGACAAUGGUGCAGCUUGCUACUUUCUCAAUUGUGGAAUAAGUACCCUGACGGCAAAUGGGUAGCCUAUAAGGAUGGUCAUAUAGGCCAAUUGUCCCUGCUUAUAAAUGAUCCUAUUCCAGAAGUACGUACAUCAAUUGUGGUGGCACUAACAAAUUUUCUUUCAGACCCUUCACUUCCUCCAUUUGGCCAAUCUCAGCAAGCACAGCAAAGGCCAGCGCAAUCUAAUUCUACAUCUGAGGCUAGGAAAGACGAAAUGAGGCAACAGGAUUUGAAACUCGCAAAUAUCUUAUUAGGCCUCUUGGGUGACGGAUCACCAAUUGUGCGAAAAGAGUUGGUGUUUUUUAUCAACAAAUUCAUAAAGGCUUAUUCCAAGUUUUUCUUGGUGGUUGCUUUUAACCAGUUGGAAGAGGAGAUUGUACUCCUUGAUAAUCCAAAUAACUUGAAUGAGUUUAGAAAACGUUCUCCAGCAUAUGGGUCUAUAUUUAGCUCAAUAUGGAAAGCGCUCUUGAUAUUGUCGGAAGAUCCGCACUGCGAGGUAAAGCAGUUGGCCGAAAUCUUGAUCGAUUACGUCAUGGUGAAUUUAAAUGAUAGCGAGUUGGGUCUGAUGGUUAAGGAAAUGCAAGAUUACUUGUUGAGCAAAUCAACACUCAGUAUCAGCGAGAGCUUCAUGUCGGGAACCCCCAUUUUGAGUAAACCCUUGGGAGAGAAAAGACAAGUGUCGAGCGCAUCAAUGAUUAAUAGAAAGAACAAUUUGCUCAUAAAUGGCUCAUCUUUGAAAACCAGAGCGGUUUCGUCAAAUGAUAACUCGUCUGAUAGUAAAUCGGACAGCGAAUCCAUCGCUUCCAAAAUCAAGAACUUGUCCAUGUCAAAAUUGUUAAAGAGCUUCCACUUGAAUGAGGAAUCAGACAUUAAAAGUUUCAGUCGUAUUUUGAAUUCUGGUCCGCUUCCUACUCGAUACGGAUCAGAAUACAAACCCAAAUCUGCAUUUUAUAGAAUUCGGGAUUUUGCAGAGGGGCCAGAACUACCAGCUGAAUCUGAUUUCUUUGAAUACAGCUGUGAAUACUUUCAGGAACCCCAGAUGUCGAAAAAUGAAACUGAUGAACCUGGGUCUAAAGAAUAUGUCAAGAGAUUAUGGCGCAGGAAUCGAAAUGAGUUGAUCAUUCAGGAGACGCAACCUCAAAAGGAGAUGGCAUUACGUGGUGAUUGGAAUAAAAAGGUAAAGGUGUUAAACAAUGUGUCUCAACCUAAAUGUAUCAAGUUUACCCAGUUUGAGAAGAUUUUAGUAGCAAGUGAUGAAAAAGAUAACGUGACCGUUUGGGACUGGGGACAAAGUAAAAUUGUUAAAAAGUUUUCCAAUGGAAAUCCCUUUGGUACCAAGAUUACUGAUUUAAAGUUUUUAAACGAAGAUGAUCAGCCUUUGUUAUAUACGGGUUCAUCGGACGGAGUGGUUAAAAUCUACAAAAACUUUCAUAAUGAGGAGAAUUAUGGCAAUGGAGGUGGUGAUGAUGAUGAUAAUGAAGAGAGCUAUGAUCCAUACAGUGGAAAUAAGAUCAAUCAAAAGCACAACUAUUUUGAGGAGAACGAUAAUGAUGUUUAUUCUAACAAAGUUGAGUUAGUUACUGGUUGGAGAGCUUUGACAGAUUUACUUCUUACAGCAAAGAGUUCUGGACUCGUUUCUGAGUGGCAGCAAUCACGAGGAACAUUGUUGGUCAGCGGUGAUGUUAAAGUUAUUCGUUUAUGGGAUGCUCUGCGUGAAUUGUGUUUACUGGAUAUACCAGCUAGAUCCUCGUCAUCAAUCACCAGUUUGACCUCUGAUCAAGUUGCUGGUAACAUUUUUGUUGCUGGGUUUGAAGACGGUAGUAUUAGAGUCUAUGACCAAAGGCUUGAUGCAAGAGAGUCAAUGGUUCGAACGUGGAAACUGACGAAACAACCAAAUGGACAACCUUUUCAUAGAGUUGGAUAUGGAUCUAUAAAGAAUGUCCAAAUGCAAAGAGGUGGAUAUAGGGAACUAAUCAGUGGAUCAUCCGAUGGAUAUGUCAAUUUGUGGGAUAUCAGAUUAAAUGAUCCUAUAUUGACUUACAACACUCCUGGCAACCAAAUCCGCAGUAUCGACGUUCACGAACAUGCCCCCGUAUUUGCCACUGGUUCCAAAUCAGUAAAUAUAUGGUCAACUGCAGGAGAUGACUUGACAACCUUGAAAACCCCCUCGCAUGAAAAGUACUUGACGACAAACAGAGCUGCCGGAAUAGAAGACAACGAUUUAUCCUUCGGUGAUAGUAAAGAUAGGAUGUUUCCUGUGAAGAAUGAGAAUCAGCAGAAAGUUAUCACUGAUGAGAAUAUCUCAGUCACGCAGCGGAUGAUUAGCGCAUGUUCAGGGAGCCUAAUAACUUCAUUAGUUGUGACACCAUUUGACGUAAUACGAAUCAGAAUCCAGCAACAAGAAAUCCUACCGCAGAAUGAACCUUGUUGUCAAGUCCAUUACCCUGAGCAUUUUAUAAAGCAUUUACCCAAACAUGAGGCAGCAACUUUGGAAGCUUCGCCUGAACUAUUCUGGAUCCACAACAAGUACUGUCAUCCGGGGACCGAACAAUGCUCUCGUAUAACAUCAACGUUUCAAGGAUUUUCUACAAUAGCCAAACAUGAAGGUGUUGCAACUUUGUGGCGCGGAUUAUCACUAACUUUACUAAUGGCAAUACCAUCAAAUAUUAUCUACUUUACCGGAUAUGAAUACAUUCGAGACCACUCACCGUUUGGCCACUCGUCAUUUAAUCCAUUGCUCUGUGGGGCAUUGGCGCGUAUCAUGUCUGCGACCUUUGUUGCCCCGGCAGAAUUGAUCAAAACACAAUUGCAAUCGAUACCCAGCGACUCUAGAAGCUCAUCACAUGUAAUGAGUCACCUUUUGCGGGAUUCCAUUGCAUUGGUCCAGAAGAAUGGAAUUUCCACCUUGUUCAAGGGAUUGCAAAUUACCCUUUGGAGAGAUGUUCCCUUUUCCGGUAUAUACUGGUCGUCGUAUGAGAUUUGCAAGAAGCAAAUUGCCCGCAUGUUAAAAACAGAUUUCAACAACACCACUAGUGGCGGCGCAGAUGACUGGAAAGUAUUUACAACGUCAUUUUUGUCGGGAUCCAUAUCGGGUACUGUUGCUGCAUUCUUCACUAACCCCUUUGAUGUUGGUAAAACAAGGCUACAAAUUACCAUGGAUGACGGAGAUAUUAAACAUAAGCACAAGACAAACAUGUUUAAAUUUUUGACCAACAUUUAUAGAAAUGAGGGGAUAGGUGCAUUAUACUCAGGUUUUGGUCCCAGGGUAAUGAAGAUUGCACCUGCCUGUGCCAUCAUGAUAUCAUCAUAUGAAGUGGGUAAGAAACUUUUCAAGAAUGGAAAUGUGGUAAAUGCUUAG